AGUAAACGAGAAGAGUGGAGGUUGUCGAUCUCUUGACCAAGCAACCGGUUAUUUUGAUAUACAAAUCCAAAAGCCUGACUGCUGUCGGUUAGUGUCCUUGAAAACCUAAGUCAAGCGAUUUGGCUUGUUUUGGUCGGGAAAUGAGUCACAGGCAACUCAAUUAAAGAACAUGCGCCUGAGGUUCACAUUGCCCAGUAGCCACGAAAGCCAGGUGGAUCAUUUUGCUGCCAGAAGGGCAAGAGUCGGGAACAGAAGGGGAAGAGAAGCGUGAGCUCUCCUGAUAUCCAAGCGACUGCAGAGUAAGCAAACACCGAGCCACUUUCCACUGCUCCAAGCCCCACAAAAAGCAAACCAUUCCCUAAAACUCCAAUACUGUUGGGAGGAAGAAAGCGCCAAGGCGAAAAGGAAGGACUUGAGGAAAACCAGAAAAGAAGCCAAGAAAAGUCUACACCGGAAGACGAUUACGGUCUGGGGAAAGUAGAAAGCACCACAACCGCGACCACGUGCUUACAUUUCCACCACUCAAGAAUCAAAAUAAACCGCGUGGCCACGCCCAGUGCCCGUCACAUGACUUUCACGCGCGUGCCGCUUCCGGAAGAGCCCGGUAGCAGCCGCUGCGACUCUUGCCUGUGCUGCGGCUUCAGACCCCGGGUUUUGGCCUCUUUCUGACCCGGCUCCCGCUCCACUUCACUUUUGGUUUCGGGUGGAGCCCGUGUAGUGAUCUCCAUGGCAGCAGACUCCGGGGCGUUCACUAAUGAGGACUCUGAAUCUGGAGAGGAAGAAGGUAAACAUGUCAAACCUUUUACACCAGAGAAAGCGAAAGAAAUUAUAAUGUCUUUACAACAACCUGCAAUCUUCUGUAACAUGGUUUUUGAUUGGCCAGCCCAACACUGGACUGCAAAACAUCUUUCUGAGGUCCUUCAGGGCAAGCAGAUACGAUUCAGGAUGGGAACGAAACGCACAGAUACAGCUCCUCAGUUUGAAACCACAUGUAGUUACGUAGAAGCUACACUUGAAGAGUUUCUGACCUGGAACUGUGACCGAUCUAGUAUUUCUGGACCAUUUAGAGACUAUGAUCAUUCCAAAUUCUGGGCUUAUGCUGACUAUAAAUAUUUUGUCAGUUUAUUUGAAGACAAGACAGAUAUUUUCCAGGAUGUGAUGUGGUCUGACUUUGGGUUUCCUGGAAGAAAUGGACAGGAAAGUACAUUGUGGAUCGGCUCCAUGGGGGCCCAUACACCCUGUCAUCUGGACACCUAUGGUUGCAACCUAGUAUUCCAGGUACAAGGAAGGAAAAGAUGGCAUCUCUUUCCUCCUGAAGAUACUCCUUUCCUUUAUCCAACUAGAAUCCCUUAUGAGGAAUCUAGCGUGUUCAGUAAAAUCAAUGUUGUCAAUCCUGAUUUAAAACGUUUUCCUCAAUUUUGGAAGGCUCGAAGACAUAUGGUUACCCUGAGCCCCGGACAGGUUCUGUUUGUCCCCAGACACUGGUGGCAUUAUGUGGAAUCCAUUGAUCCUGUCACUGUCAGUAUAAACUCAUGGAUUGAGCUGGAGGAGGACCACCAAGCCCGGGUAGAAGAGGCAAUCACCCGCAUGCUUGUGUGUGCCCUGAAAACUGCAGAGAAUCCACAUGAUACGAGAGCUUGGUUAAACCCAACUGAGGUUGAGGAAACAUCCCAUGAAGUCAAUUGUCGCUACUUAAAUGGAGCCGUUUCUGCUUUUUUUGAUCAUUAUGGAACAUCUAAGGUAGUAGAAACCCAAGCGCUGAGCACAGACGGAGAGUACGUGAUAAAGGAAGAAUUAAAUGUGCACAACCACGUGGAGGUAACACAAACUAGUAGCCACAGCUUAACCUUGGGAACAGUAAAACAGGAGGCAGCAAGUCCCUUUGGUCCUGAUCUGGUUCCUGUGAUACCAGGUUCCCAAGAACCACCCUCAGAAAGAGGAGGCAUGUUUGAAAGUGAUGGUGAAGACUUUGUUGGCAAAAAUGGAAAACGCUUUGGAAAAUUGCAUUGUACUAAGAGACGACGAAUGAUGAGUGAAAGUGAGAAUGCAGUUGUGGAACAAAUGGCUUCAAAUAGUACUGUGGCCCCUUCCCAAACAUUCAUUUCUACAGAUGACUUGCUGGAUUGCUUGGUGAAUCCACAGGUAACCAGGAUAGUGGCACAACUUUUGAUUCAAGGAAGAAGUUUGCGACUCUAAUAGAAAAUAACUUUUUCAGUAAUACUUUAAGAAUAUUUUUAAAAUAAUAUAGUUUUAAAAUAAAAGAUGAAAUGGCAAAAGGGCAAUUUGCAUAUGCUUAUAAAUGUCCUGUUCUCACCUAAUUAACAUUUUAGUCUCUUGCCACCUUCUUGCAUACACAUUGCUCUUUGGACAACCUGGCUCUUUGUUAUUGGUAGGCCUCUUUCUUCAGUGCCUUUGCCUUUCCUUUCCUAUCUCAUCAGCCUAUCUCAAAUGUAAGCCCCUAGUGUUCUCACCAAGGAAUAGUGUCUCCAUCAGCAGGGGUCACCUGCUGCUUGUUUUUGUAAAUAAGGUUGCAUUGGAACACAGCCAUGCCAUUCAUUUACAUAUUGUCUGUGGUGGCUUUAGGGUUACGGUGGCAGAGUUGAGUGGUGACAGAGGCAGUAUGGCUUGAAAAGCUGAAAAUACUUUAAAAGUUUGCUAACUCCUGAUCUAAUGCAUCCAUUGGGUGAAUUCUAGCUUUUUGGGAGGUAGGGGUGCAGUUGUUAAUUUCAGUAGUUAUCAUGGAUUCUUUGUCAUAAGAUGGUGUGGGAAGAUUUAUGAUUGUUUUAAGUUCUUGAUCUCUUAAUUCAAAUGCAGGUUGAAGUCUAGCCUUGAUCUGAAGUGAUCACAUUUCUCAAAUCCGUAGAAUUCUCACUGGUUAACCCCUGUAAUCCAGAGCAGAAUACCAAUCAGGAGAAAAGUAGGUGGGGGCCCAAUAAGAGGCCUCCUUGUGUAAGGAACUGGGACAUCUAGGAACACCAGCCUUGGAAUAAAAAGGACCAAAUGCUACUGACUCCUGAAACUAACUAAAAGCUUGGCUUAGUGAACUUGAUCCCACUCUCAUUACAUUUGCAGUAUGUGGGGUAAUUAUUAUCAUUACCGUCUAAGUAAGAAUUUAAAAAUUAUAAAAACAUAUUGAACUCAGUAACCAUUCAAAACAGAAAAGAUACACAAAGUCACCUUUUAAGAAGAAUUGACUACUGGCCCCAUCCUUCUCAGGUCAAACUGAUGGUAUCAGUAAAUCCCAAGAGAGUACGUACUUUCUGGGAGAAAGGAGGAAGGGAAAUGAACAUGCCCAGGAAAAGAAGGGUCUGAAAAAAGACCCUUCUGUAGCACUUACCACCAUCUGACUACUAUAUAUUUGCCUAUUUAUUUGAUUACUGUCUCCCCCAACGAGAAUGUCACUGCAUGAAGGUUUGGACUUUGUUUUGAUUAUUGUAUAUUUGCAGAGUCUUGAUCAGUGCCCAGCACGUGGUAGGUGCUGCUUAAAUAUUUGAGUGGAUUUUUUAAAAAGGAGACCUUGUUGGCCGAUACUCCUUCAGAAACACUGGGGCAGAGGAUGUUGUGGCUAAAGGUGAGAUGUCUGUUACCUGUAGUAGGUAUAUCCCUAUCGCAGAAAUAGACAUUUGUCUUCAGCUAUAUAUUUUUUUUACACCUGCCCUCACUGAGAGCUCCCCCAUACCCUCCUUCACACAGAAUUCCCUCCCCCGCUCCCUCCCCCAGGGUUCCCUCCCCCGCUCCCUCCCAGAUAUUUUAUUAUAUUUGCUACUACUUGGACCAGUGUUUUUCAAGUUGUAGAUUGUGACCCAUUAACCAGUCAUAAAAUCAAUUUAGUGGGUGAGACCAGCAUUUUUUUUUUAAUGGAGCAGGAUAUGUGAUUUCAGUUAAUUCAAUAGAAAAUAUAAGUAUUAUUUUGUGAAACUGUCCAGGAAAAAUUUCUUUCAGAGUAAAUAUACUUCAUAAAUCUUUUCAGUUAUAUCUGUGUGUGUACUGGGCCUGAUAUAAAAUGUAUUUCUUAGUGUAUGUUAGGGUCAGAAAGGUUUGAAAGCUGUUCUGAGGGCAAAGUAUUGAUUUCAGUUAGAGGUAGUAGUUUCUGGCAUGCAGAGACCUGGGUAGAGAGUUAAGACAUUGAUAUGAAUGCAUUCAAAAUGUAAAUGGGUGUUGGGAGAUAAUUUCCUAAUUUUGUAGAGAUAGAGAUUAUGACACGGCAAGAGAUCCUGGCUAUCUGCAACUGGGGAGUGUGGGAAGGAGAAAAGACAGUCAAAGGGAGAGAUGGUCAGCCACCAAGUAGGGUCCCAUUUCAUCCUGCAUUUCUCAGAAGAGCCUGCCCGAAUGAGUGAACUCAAUUAUUAAAUAACUAUUAAUACGUUGACCCUCCAGGGGUUAGAGGGAUUGAAGUGUUACCCCUAAAGUUACAGUAUCCACGUAUAAGCAGGGUGAUCUAUCCGGAAGGCAAAGUAGCUAGGGCCCCUGAGCUUUUAGGGUCUACAGAAAUGUUUUAGUUUCUUUAAAAAUUAAAAAAAGAAUAUAACCUAGUUUCGAUUACCUUCAUGUUUAUACCAAUGCAGUAGCGAAGUAUCACGUUUAAUACUUUUCAUGGAGUAAGGGGCCUUCAAAGGCAAAAUUGCCUGGGGCCCAUGAAAGUCCUAAGCAGCUCUGGGUAUCAGGGAUAUCAGAAUCAUUUGAGGGGCUUGCUGAAGAUGCAGAUGUCUGGGUACCACUCUAGAGCUAUAGAAUUCGCCUCCUUUGGGAUGGGCCAGAUUUUGCAGUCUCAGCAAGCACCUGAAGUGCUUCAAAUAGCAAAGAAGUUUAAGAAUCUCUGGCCCUGGAGUAGACCACCAAGACCUAACACAGGCUCAAAGUGGGCGUGUUUUAGCAGGGGCUACUUCUUGGGGUCAAUCCGCCCUUCAGAUUUACUGAACUAAAGCUGUACUGUGCCCUUCCUGUAAUUUUCAGCUGAAUGCUAUUGAUACUGUGAGGAUACCUUGAUGCUGUCAUGUUUAGUUGUGGUCUUUUAUCAGCAGUGGCCUGUGUUUAUCAUCAAGUUCUCCUGCAUUUGCCCUAAAGGAUAAAGAUGUUUAACCACCAAAUAACAUUUUCCAAGCAUUUUAUUCAAAAAGGAGGAAAUAUUUAUUUUAAAAAUUUUUUAUUGAAGUAUAGUUGAUGUAUAUUAUAUGUUGCAUGUGUACAGUACAGUGAUCCACAAUUUUUAAAGGUUGUACUCCAUUUACAGUUAUUAUAAAAUAUUGGCCAUGUUCCCUGUGUUGUAUGACAUAUGUCUUUAGACUGAGGGUAACUAUAACAUCUACAGACUGAAUCAUCAUACUUGGUGCAAUACACCCUGAUAUUCAGCCUUGCCUAAGUUAACCAAACCACUGGAGAACAAGAACAAAUUAGAGAGCACGUCUCUCCUUUUUUAUUUCUUACAUUCAUUGUCAAGCCCAAGUUCAGAUGCCAGUGGCUGGGAAGCUACUCCUAAGCAAUAAGAAGUCUUUGCCAAUCCACUUAAAAAACAGCAACAGCAAGAAAAAUUUCAAGACAUCUGUAUUUAAUGAAGCAGCAACUAUGGCCCCCUCAACCUCCUUUUCUUGAAGUGCAGGCAUUGCUCCCUGGGGCCUUUAUCCUCCUGGUGACCCCUAGCAUCCAAGUUCAUCAUCUGUCCUGGCUCCCCAUGGGCAUAGCUCUGGCCUCUUGGCCUAUAGAACUUCAAAUAAAGAGACUCUACAAUGAAAACCAAAGCCAGAAGGGACAAGGCCAAGGAAAUAUGAGGAUAAUUCACAGAUUGUCUGAGAUAUUCCUGAAUCAGUAACAUUAAUCUAGAAGCCAUGUUCUAUAGUGGGAAGAGCAAGGGGCUUGAUGACACAGAGACCCAGAUUCAGUUGCUGGCUCUGAGGCCUGUUACCCAGGCGACUUAAGGCAAGGAAGCUUCUUGUGUUCUGAGCAUCAGUUUCCUCAGCUUUAAAACGGGGGUAUAAUUCUUACCUCACAAGAGUGUUUGGGGGAAGAAAAUAAAUACUGUUAUGUGAAAGCACCUCUUAUAGUACCUGGUUAAUGGAGGCACUCAAUAAACAGUUUUAGAAUCUGAAAUUUACCUGAGGAAGUUAAAAAAGAAACUUUCCAUUACUAUCCUAUAGCUACUGAGUUAGCAAAUUAGUAAUAUGACUGCUUAAUUCCUUUGGUUUAUUUAUGCACAAGGCUUUAAAAUCAUCAGAAGCUAGGCUGCCAAGGAAAAUGUGCUAUUUAAUACCCUUAGAUUCAUUUAAUCUUAACAUAGUAGAAGGGCUUCAUACUGAAAAUAUAGCAGGCAUUAUCCCUUUUUUCCACUGGGCAGAACUAAGACCAUGAAUAAAAGUUAUAAAAAGGCAGAUUUGGGUUCAACUUUAGAAAGAACCAAUUGGAAACAGGGCUGCUGCACUGCACAACUCCAUGGGAUACAGCUCACCUAGUCCCCAAGCUAGACCACAGCCCCCCGGACUGUGCAGGACGUGGCUGCAUUGCAGUCCCAGAGCCCUGACCAGAGCUGUCCCACAUGUCCAUAGGCUGCUUUGUGAAAAAGCUCCCUGCCAUGGAAUCUCAUCGAUUUGAGGCAAAGUGACAAUAAGUCAAGGGUGUUGAAGAGAUGGUUCCCACUUUGGUUAGGAGUCUGACAGGGCUUCUUCAUUCUUAAGUGGUUUAUGAAACACUUAUGCAGCAUCUAUUGUACAUCAGGCACAGACCUCAGUGCAGGGGUAAAGAAAAUUAGACGCCAGGGAUAAAGAAAAUUAGACGCCAUCCCUGCACCCAGGGAAGACAGCAGCCCCACCCACUUAGUAAUACUGUGCUCCCCACAGCAGUAUGGAGUCCUGACAUGAUACCAGCUGUCUCUCAGUGGCAGCUGAAGUUAUAUCACUGUGUCCUCUGCCUUUAAGAUUAAUGUUAUUCUUACAUGUGGAAUCUAGAAAAAUGGUACAGAUGAACCUAUUUUCAGGGCAGGAAUAGAGAUGAAGACGUAAAGAACGGAUGU